AUGUUAUUUAGUCAAAUUUUAACUUUAGCUUUUGCUUUAUCUGUUAAUGGUGCUCCUUUAGAAAAAAGAGAUAAUACUUGUAAAUUUCCAACUGAUCAAGGUUUAAUCUCUGUUACAUCCGAUAAAUCUAAUGCCGGUUGGGCUUUAUCACCAGAUCAAAAAUGUACUGGAGGUUCAUACUGUCCUUAUGCUUGUCCAUCAGGACAAUUAAUGGCCCAAUGGGAUAAAUCCGCCACCACUUAUUCAUAUCCAUCAUCUCAAAACGGUGGUAUUUACUGUAACAAUGAUGGUACUAUUUCCAAACCUUUUGGUGAUAGAGAUUAUUGUGUUGAUGGUGCUGGAACUUUAACCGCCAACAAUAAAGCUGAUAAAGAAGUUGCUUUUUGUCAAACUGUUUUACCAGGUAACGAAGCUAUGUUAAUUCCAACUCAAGUCGAUGCUGGAAAAGACAAUGACUUAGCUGUUCCUGGACCAGAUUAUUAUGCUGGUACUGCCGCUCAUUAUUAUGUUAACGCUCCAGGUUACUCUACUGAAGAUGCUUGUAUCUGGGGUACCAAAGAUCAAGCCAAAGGUAACUGGGCUCCUUAUGUUGCUGGUGCUAACCAAGAUAAAAGUGGAAACACUUAUAUCAAAAUUGGUUGGAACCCUAAAUAUUUAGAUGAUUUCGAUGGUGUUAAACCAAAAUUCGGUAUCAGAAUCACCUGUGAUGAUGAAAGUAAAUGUAAUGGAUUAGAUUGUGAAAUUGAUCCAUCAAAGACCGGUUACAACGGUAUUAACGGUGAUAGUCAAGAGAAAUCAUUAGGUGCCACCUGGUGUGUUGUUACUGCUUCAAACAAUGCUAAAGCUAAGAUUGAAGUUUUCGAUGUAUAG